AUGCGUUUCACCACUGCUACCGUCUUGUCGACCCUCGCGGCCUUCGCUGCUGCUUACACCCAGCCCGACUACACCAAGUCUCCUCAGGGUAACCCCAUUGCCUACCCUUCUCUGAAUGAGCAGGUUCCCGAGGGUGCUCCCUUCAAGAUCCAGUGGGACCCUACUCUUGGUGACAAGAUCUCUCUGGUCCUCCUCCGCGGCCCCAGCUCCAACGUUGUCCCUCUCGAGACCAUCGUUGAGAACAUCGACAACACCGGUUCCUACAUGUGGACCCCCAGCACUAGCCUGACCGUUGACACCACCCACUACGGUAUCCUGCUGGUCGUUGAGGGCACUGGCGCCUACCAGUGGUCCACCCAGUUCGGUAUCGCUGCCGCCGCUGGCUCCAACUCUGCCACCGCUGGCUCCAGCUCUGCCACCGUCGUCACCGUCAUCGACGACAAGACCACCACCAUCUGCCCCGAGACUGAGACCCAGGCUACCGCCACUCCCUCCGUCUCCGCCCAGCCUACCUCCUGGUCCACCGCUGUUGAGUCCAUUGAGAUCACCACCACCAUCUGCCCGGAGACUGAGACCGGUGUCGCUACCACCAUGCCCAUGCCCACCGGCUCUUUGACCCGCCGCCCCACCAAGCCCUCCACCUCCCCCGUCAGCACCUCCGUUGGUGCCUCGGCCACCACCUCCGCUACCCCCUCGGCCACCCCCGCCUACAACGCCGCUGGCCAGAACACUAUCAGCUUCGGCGCUGUCGUUGCUGCCAUGUUCGCCGUCAUGGCCUUCUAA